GUGAUGUUUCAACAACAGAGGGUUACCCUUUUAAUGAUUUUAACAAUUUAAUGAAGAAUGACCAACAGCAAACGCAACAGCAUCAGUACUACAGCAAUCAACAACAGCAACUGGAACAACAGCCAACAAGUCAACAAUAUAAUCAUCAUGAUGGUGGUCUAAGAGAUGGGAAUAGCAGUGGUGUUGGCGGUGGUGGAGGCCAUCCACAGCAAAUGCCCUUAGACUCAACAUUGGGCGAAACACUGUCAUCAUUGCCACAGGCAUCUUUUAACUACAUCAACUCGAUUGUGGGUAGCGGUGUUAUUGGCAUUCCAUAUGCGUUUCAUCGUGCUGGUUUUGGCCUUGGUCUUUUAUUGCUCAUACUUGUUGCCUAUAUAACGGACUAUUCCCUUAUAUUAAUGGUCAAAUGUGGUCAUAUAUGUGGACGUUUUAGUUAUCCUGGUAUUAUGGAAGCAGCCUAUGGCAAAUACGGUUACUAUUUACUGUCCUUGCUGCAAUUUAUGUAUCCGUUUUUAGCAAUGAUUUCCUAUAAUGUGGUUGUGGGCGAUACUCUGUCUAAGGUACUGGUGCGCCUCAUACCCUCCUGGGGUACAUCGAUGGGUGCUGUUCGUUUGGGUGUGGUAUUCUUUGUAACCGUUGGCAUUGUUGUGCCUUUGUGUCUCUAUAAAAAUGUUUCACGUUUGGCCCGGGCAAGUUUCAUUAGUUUGGCCUGUGUCGUUUUCAUUCUAUUGGCUGUGAUUAUCAAUCUUCUAUCGGGCGAUUAUAAAAUUACGGAUACUGCGGAAUCUUGGAAAUUUGCAAAUUCUGAUGUCAUACCAGCUACAGGCAUUAUGGUAUUUGCAUUCAUGUGCCACCACAAUACAUUUCUUGUUUAUCAAUCAAUGCGUAACGCAACCAUGGAGCGUUGGGAAAAGGUUACUCAUAUAUCAAUUGGUUUUGCCUGGACGGUGGCUGCUCUAUUUGGCAUUGCUGGCUAUUCGACAUUUAGAGCUUUAUCACAAGGUGAUUUACUUGAAAACUACUGUUGGAAUGAUGAUCUAAUGAAUUUUUCACGUGUACUCUUCUCCAUAUCAAUACUUUUAACAUUUCCUAUUGAAUGUUUUGUGUCACGAGAGAUUGUAAGACACAUGGUGCAUCGUUUUGUGCUUAAGGAACCCAUCAGUGAGUUGACCGAUGAAAAAGAUCCAAAACAGGAAAAAGGAGCCGAAGUGGAUGAAUAUUCGAGAAACAUUACCUUGGCCAUAGUGUUUAGUGCUUUUGUUAUAUCACCCAUGACUGAGUGUUUGGGUUCGGUAUUGGAAUUAAAUGGUCUUAUGGCCGCUAUACCUUUAGCUUAUAUUUUGCCCGGUUUGGCGUAUAUACAAAUGGAUCCAAAUCCUUUAUUGAGUCGUGAAAAGUUACCUGCUUUAGGUUUGGUAGUGUUUGGUGCUUUAGUUACUAUAUUGGGUGCGGUUGUUUUAUUGCCCAGCAUCGAUGAGGACUGUCGAGCCGAUAUUGUUAUGGAUUAUUGUAAAAGCUCCAAUAUACGUGAUAAUAAUACACUAACAACUUAAUUUAUUUAAAUAUUGCACAUACAUACAUAUUUAUAUACAUACAGUAGUGUUUUUUCUCUCUCUCAACCCAAAACCACCCGAAUACCCCCUUUCGAAAUUGUGAUUGUUAACGAGUGUUUGUCGCCCGUACACAUUGUUCAGCAACUUGUUAAAUUUUGCAACAGAUCGUUAUGAGCAUCAGACAUUUAAUUUAGUAUAUUUAUAGAAAUACAUACAUACUAUAUAUACAAACAAACAUAUUUAAAUUAUAUUUAAAAAAACUAUAUAUUUUAUUAAGAUAAAAAAGAUUCAGAUAUAUUGAUAUAAUAACACAAAAUGAUAUUAAAUUCCUCUGUAGAAAUCAAAAGCCAUAAUUAAAUAAACAAAAAGGUAUUAGUUAUUAAGUUAUGUCAUUAAGUAGAACUAAAACAUAAAAAACAAUAACAAUUAACAAUCUUUAAAAAUCUACAGUUCUCUUUUAUCGAAAAUACUUUACGUGAGAUAUUCAUAUUUUGAAUCAAACAAUGGAAACAUAUUUGAUGAAAUCCCCUAUUUACUUGCAAAAUUUCCAAAUAUUUUCAAUUUCAGAAAAAUUUACAUUAAGUAAAGUAUUCUCGAACCAAAAAUGUAAACAUUCGUAGCAACGAAAAUAAAUAUAAUUUUAUCAAACCAAUAUUAAUUAAUCUCUAAUAGUAGUCCAAGAAAUUAUAACAGCAACGCCCAUUUAAUUCUAUAGUGUCUUAACUGUUUCGAUAUUUAUAUACCCAAAAAAAGAAAUAUGUCAUUGCAACCUAGUUUUGUCUGCCCAAUGUUAAGGACACCUUACGGACCAAACCCAGAGGUCUGAUGACUAAAUUUUUCCCACAAAUAUUCGAUAAUAAGUUUGGAAUUAGAAAAUAGGUCACUUUGAGCCAUAAUUUUGACUAUGUAAAAUGUUACCUAUUCAACUAACCCUUACAGUUCUCAAAUAAGAGUGAAGUUGGCUACGAAAAUAGAGGACUUGAUUGGAAAAUUUAAUGCCAAAAGAAUGACACAAUGAGACAUAGAGCAAGCGUAAGAUUAGAACUCUAUAAUAACAAGUUCAAAGAUCAAUUAUCUCAGUUAAAGUGAUCGUGAAUGACCUCGUUGUUCUUGUGAUUUAGCUACUUUAAUUAAGUAAACCUUUAGAUUCGAAACUCAGGACCAUAAACAUAAAUCUUGUAAAUGAUUUUUACAUGACCACGUAAAUGAUUCGGUAAUAGUAAUCGGUUCAUUUAAAAUACGAGUCCAUCAAGUAAGCCGAAGACUUGUUCUUACUCACAGAGAACACACUGUCGAAAAUCUGAUAUGAAUAGAGCAAAUCCUAAAUAUACCCUGACAAGGAAGGAAAAUUCAAUGCUAUAAAUUGUAUAAUCUAUCAUUAUUUAAACAUGAAUACCUCUAUAUAUCCGAUACACUCACAUCAAGUAUAUAUGUUGAUGAUGAUAUAAGAUAGAUGUCCUUACAGCAUCAUAUAACAGUUGAAAACAACUUAUUUCCAACACUUAGUAAACAGCAUCAGGCUUAUUCCGAAUUAUGGACUUUACAGUGCAUCAAUCGUUUAAUCAAUAAUCUCUUUGCCUAAGUUUGAGUUUAAAUGCAGCCACGCCGAAGAUACGUCCUCAAUAACCGGGAUAAAAUCGUAACUCUAUGGUUCACACUUUACAACACUAAGUCAAAAUAGUGGAAAGUUCUAGUCGGCCUUUGGUGUAUCUCCUUUGUCCCCCGACGGAAGAGAAUGUUGGUUUAAGGUCUGAUAUAUCCUAUACUUAAUGGGUAGGGUAAUUCUCUCUUCGAACAGGUCUGUGUAAAAAGCAGCAUAUGCUGGAUUCUUCGAACAGGUCCGACAGAAGAGAAUGUUGGUUUAAGAUCUAAUAUAUAUCCUAUACAUAAUAGGUUGGGUAAUUCUCUCUUCGAACCGGUCUGUGUAAAAAGCAGCAUAUGCUGGAUUCUUCGAACAGGUCUGUGUAAAAAGCAUCAUAUGCAGGAUUCCUAAACCCCAUCGGUAUUUCUUACCGGUCGUGUAGUGGGACGCCGAUAUAUGCUGGAAAAUUGUCAGGUUAGCUUUAAGUGAUCUAUAUAAUCAUGGUAAUGGAACAGAUGCGAAAAUUGAUGAAAGAUCGGUGAAGUUUCACGGUGCUGUUGCCAUCUCAACAAGAUUCAUGCUAUAUCUUUUGUCACAUAGAUCAGUUCCUGAUCCAUUUUGUUGGGUAUGUCGGACUAACAAUUAUGUCUCUAUGUUCUGUUUCUGAUACAACUUAAAGAGGUUUAAAGAGGCUUAAAGGAGUUAAGGAAUACACUGGAAUAUUCGGAAGAUUGAUUUCACCUGAUGUUGGGGUUUGUCUCCCCUUUUAUUGACUUUAGACUAGUGAUUGGUUUUUGCCUUGAGCCUAUACUACUAGGGUUACUAUGGCAAGAGAUUACAUAGCUCGAGUACUUAAACAAAGUGCUUCUCAGUAAUGUAGUUGGCUGGCUAGAUAUCAGUCAAUGUUGCUAAUGAUUACUAACAAAUCUUUUUGUGUAAAAACCACAUAUAUUUUUUCGGAGUUGUGACACUAUUGAAAUAAAUGAGCGAUAUUUAAUUUGAAAAAAAAAAAAAAUAUUUGUCUUGUUUUAAAAAAAUAAAUUUAUAGCAACAAAUUGACCAAAUAAAACAAUUUAAUAAAUAUUAAA